UGCAGCUCCCCAGGUCUCUUAACACCUACAUACACACUAGACACGGGGACUGUCGGAAUCCUUGAUCGGACGCAUACUACUCUGUUUGUUAAUCAUUGCAAUGGUUCAUCGGUGUUGAGCGGUUGGAACUGGAUGUAUAGUUCAGUUUAUUCUACGCUAUGGGUGGAAGCAGUGGAAAGCUCGCAGCUUCGAAAAUGGGUUCCAUCCAUUCCUCUAGAACUGCAUCUCACGGAACCUCAACUGAUGGAUCCAGACAACUCAGCAUGGGUGUGGAGCAGGGUACGUUCCUAACUUUAACUUAAACAACGACAAUAGAUUACACGUCUGGCUCUGAGAAACAGGGACAGAUCUCCGUGAACCACGUACUUUGCUCUUCUGAGAGCGAGAUUAUGGUGGUUCUCUAUGACUUCACAGAGUCUAUGAAAUCCCAAAUCAGUAUCCGACGAGGGGAGCUAGUUCGACUUCUCGGUUACAGUCCUGCCGGAGAUUGGUCCGAAGUUGAGACAUCUGGGCUGGCACACCCUGCCUUGCAUGCGGCUUCCGAUGUUGAUGGUAACACCACUGCGUACAAGCCUACGUCACAACCUACUUCGGACAACAAUUGUAGUAGGGACUCUGGCACAGCGACGAAUGCCAGUUCAACUAACAUUGUCUUCACUGGGGCAAAUUCCAAUCAUUCGAGAUCAGAUUUUAGCUACAGACGGGGCUGGGUUCCGACAAGCUAUUUGGCACCUGCAAACGUAUUCUCCGAAACACAUUCUGCACGGUUUAUCCAUCAUCCUCAUCAACGACCUCUACCUCUGAUCACCGGUCCGAUACUGGAUGCACAAGGAAAUGUUUCAGCAGAGGCAAUGCGAUUCAACUGCUCCUUGCCCUCCUCUAUGCCCCCACCAGUCGCGUUCCAUCACCCUGAAAACGUUUCCCCGAAUGCAAUCCAAUCUUCUGCUCAAUGUAACCCUCAGCCAAACGUGGUCGACAUAUCCCCAGUCGGGCUACAUGGUCCCACUCUUUCAAUGUAUCCAUGGUAUCAUGGCGCAGUAUCGAGGCAAGCCGGUGAACAACUACUUCGUGUUGGUAUUACUGGUUCCUUCUUGGUCCGUGCAUCGGAAUCGGCCCCGGGUCAAUUAUCUGUCACUGUGCGUCACUUGGGUCGUGUCUAUCACUAUCGGAUUAAUCAGGACCCGCGCGGUUUGUUUUACAUCACCAAUGUGCACCGCUUCCCCACCGUUGUGCAAUUGAUCGAUCAUCACUCACGAUCUGCUGAUGGUCUGGUUUGUCCCCUUCUGUAUCCGGUGCCAAAACAUCCGGCGUUCACGAUGGGCACACAGCAGGCUCCAUAUUCCUCCAUUGCGGCCCAUGCUAUUCCUCCUCCUGCUGCUGCUCCAGGAGCACCGGAUCCUCCGUCGUCAUCAAUGUCUCAUCCUCACUCCCAUUUGACUCCUGCUUCUGCCCAACCCCCCAUACAUCCUGGACAAACGGAUGCUCCUCAAAUGCACCAGACGCAUUUCCCUGUGCCAAAUUCACGUGCCAAUAUCUUACCCGCCUCUUCAAUCUCUCCGGUAGAUGGAUUUGUGGACGACUUUGGUCGAAAGUUGACCUUGGAUGAAUGGGAGAUUGACCGAUCGGAAAUCGUCACGCGGCAGAAGCUCGGUUGUGGCCAAUACGGAGAUGUCUACGAAGCUGUUUGGAAGCGCCACAACGUUGUGGUCGCCGUGAAGACUUUGAAACAAGAGGUCAACGUGAACGAUUUUCUCAAGGAGGCCGCUAUUAUGAAGAAGCUCCGUCAUCGAAAUCUUGUUCAGUUGCUCGGUGAGUUGCAAUUCCUAACCAACUGUUUAUAUUUUUGUCAAUUGUGA